UCUCCGGCUUUCCAGCGGCCAGAGUUGCCCCAUUGCGAUAAUUCCUCAUUCCAAGCUCUCUCGCCAUGGAUUUGCAGCCGCCGUCUGUGUUGGCGCAAUUGCCGCGUCCCUUGCACGCCUCCACAGGGAAAACUCACAUCAGUGAGGUCUAUAGUUUGGCCGACUCAAAGAAGCGCAAGAGAUAUGAAGUCGCAGUUGCGGUAGAUGGGGAGGCCGUGAACAUCUACAAUAUCCAAACCCCCAAGUUGGUCACCUCAUAUGCCGUCCCACCGCAAUCUUCCUUCUGCUGCCAGCCGUGUUCGUUGCGUAGGAAACUCCCAAAGGGGUCGGCAGUGAAAAGGCAGACGUUUGUUGCAGUGAAAAAGGAAAUAAAGUCUUUUCUUGAAGAGAGUGGUGGAAGCGGAUCAAGCGCGCCUACCAUUUCUUCCUCAACUUUCACAAUCACCGAUUCGAGCAGCCCGACCGUUUUCAUUGGCAUUGUACCGGGUCAAACUACGGAGGAUGAGGAAGAAGAGCCCUUUGACAUUCUAGCCGUUCAUCGUGAUGGACGUGUGAGGAGGCUGUCUCCUGAUCUUGGGAGUCAGCGAUGGAGCAUCCAGCAUAGCGAGCUUGCCAAGGGCAGCCCAGCGACUGAAGUUCACGCCUCUUUCCUCCUCGAACUCGACGAGGCGAAAAAGUCCCUAUUGAAAAAGAGACCGGAUCUAGUCUCUCUUUCCCUGGGAGAUUUGGCGCAUCCUGACGCUGACGAGCCGUCGAUUCUGAUGCUUGUUUCGCACCCUGCGGGUGCGAUUAAGUUGAGUGACGUGAAGGUCCACCUGUUCUCCGUUCCUGCGACUACUCCAUCCUGGAGUAAGAGUCUGGACGAGAGCCAGCAGAUGCGACAUUUGUUGACUAUGAACCUUCCGGAUAUCCCCGAGGUAGAGCAACUUGAGACACUCGGGCUUCAGUGGCACUUUCACUCUGGGUCCGCAGGAUUGAAUUUGUCUUUUGACAAGGGAUUCAUCAACUUUGAUCUCUCUCAGUACGCUCCCACCGUGAUCUCGAAAUUCAUUCUUGAUGGAGAAGAUUUCUCAUCCCUUAUGCGCAUCUCUCCCCAGUCCGUUAUCGCAGCCGGGAAAUCAAUGGUUGCUUUGUAUGAUACACAGUACAAGUCUAUCCAGCGAAGCAUUGCGACUGGGGAUCUCCCGGGGGCAUCCAGCCCUAGUAGCGCCAAGACGCGCACUGUGUUUAUUAGCCAUUUUGCCAAACUCGACCUCGUCGUGGCAACCAAAGGCAGCUCUCUGCUCGCUUUUGACCUCGCCUCUUCGCAAAAUACCUCCGGGUCGAAGCGGUCUCGCGACGGUCUCCUGAUCGAUGCAAUUGGGCGGGGUCUUGGUUCUGGCGCGGCAAAAUGGGAGGGACUAUCGAAGAAACAACGUUGUGAUAAUCCGGUGUUGGGCCUCUCCUCGUCUGAGGAGAUCGAAAAAUGGAAUAAGCUGACCAAGGAGCUACGCGACCACGCAAAAUCUAAGGACACCGACGCCUUCGACCGUGGCGUUCAGGCCUACUUUGGCACCCGCGCGUCGAACGCUCUUCCGUCGGCAGGGCAAUACCUCAACCCCGAAAAGAUCCUGUUUCUGCUAUCCUUAAUUUUCACUGUAGAGGGCGACACCCCCAAAGAUAAACUCUCAGCAUCGUCCACGAUCCAGAUGUCUGUCUCCGUGUGGCCAGAGCACACCUGCCGAUGGCUCCUUGAGCAGGGACAUCUGUGCCCCGGCAACGUCGAGGCCGCUGUGCGACGGGCCUUCAAGCCCCGUAUUCUUCCUCAACUGCCAUGCGGGUCCUUCACGCAAGCCAUCAAGGACUCAGAUCCUUCCCUGGAGCGCCUGAUAUCCGCCCUUCAAGGCCCUGCUGCCUUCAGCACCGAUGAAAUCGCCCAAGCGCUCAAGCUCCUCCUGAACCAGGCACGCACCUGCGCCUUGCCGGACGAAGAAGAGCCCCCCAAAGCCCUGACAAACGGCGAGUCAACACCAAACGGCGUCCCCGAUCCUAGCAACACAAGCAACGAGCUCUGCCUGCCCUCACCCGCACCACCCCUCGCAAACAUCUUCCGCGGGCUCAACACCGCCCUCCUGAAAAUCCACACCCACCCGCUCCCAACCAUCGUAUCCUCUCUCCGCUCCGCCCUCUCCAGAACCGAGAUUAUCUCCAUGAUUUACCAUCUCCGCCUCUCCCUCGCGACAGGCGGCCACACCUCGCGAUUCACCGAGACCCCACCAACCCCGAUCACCCCCAACCUGACGACGCCACCACUGCCGCUAUCCACCAUCAUCGACCUCCUGAACGUCUCCAUCGACGCCAUCGGCCCCUCGGGCUGGAUCUCCGCAACCGACUUCAACGACACCACCUCGCGCGACGUCUCCCUCAUCGCCGAAAUGAAGUCCGAAGUCUCCGCCGCCCUCGCCGGCGUCGAAGAAGCCACCUUCCUAACCGGUAUCCUCCGCGAGUACAUCCGCUACGCGCAGCAGAGCGCCGCGACCUCCUCUGUGUCCGUGGUCCCGAGCCAUCUCGACCACGCCGUCUCUCAAGCCGUGGCGUCAUCCAACACCGCCAUCCGCCGCGAGAAGCUCAACGGCGCGGAUCUCCUGGUUUUCGGAGGAGCCGCCGCGGGCGCAGCCCCGGAUGAAGACGGGGACGGCCUCGACGCAGACGCAAGCGGCAAGUUGCUUCCGUUGUCGCUCAGGGCGGCGUCGGACGUCAGCAAGACCAAGGUCAUCAAGGCCACCGGUAAGGUGGUGCAGAGGAGUAAGCGUGAGAUUGGCUAUCUGCGGCGCAAGGCGGCUGGGAAGUACACUUUUGAGAGACUUGUUUUAUAAUAGAGAUAUCCUCUUUUUUGAUAAAAGUAAAAUGAAUGAACAGAC